AUGGGGUGCGUAAGCUCCAAGGCCACGCUUAAAGACCUUGACGAUCUCUCUAAUGAGACGGCUGAUCAUCAUGAUGCUGACGCGGCAUCUGAUAAGCGGAAGGGACAUGGCCGGCGAAAGCAAGAGAAGCAAACGUCCCAGCAGCAACAACCACCUGGCGCUGAUUUUCAGGGGAAAUUACCCACAGGCUCUGAACCAAGUCAGUCGAUUAGCACGAGUGUUGGUAGUGUACCAGCAUCAAAGCCAGAGAUUGGUGUAGACAGGCAAGAAGCAGAGUCUUUAGCUAAGAAAGAUUCUCAAGCCGAGACAUUGAGCAAUGUCCCCGGUGCCACUCCCGCUCAGACGAAUCAUACGCAGCAGGCCACCAGCGAAGCUGAUGCUGACGCCAGCGCGGCUGCGGUUGCAGCCAAAGAGAAGCUGCCACGUCAGCCCCUUCCGCCUGUCAUCCAACCCCCACCGCCCCAAUCCGGCGCAAUGGUGCUCGAGGUUCCAGGAGCCGGUUUCUGGCUGCGCUUCUCCUACUUGACGCAGCGAGGGUAUUAUCCAGAAGCCCCCGGAAAGGCGAAUCAGGACAGCUUCUGUGUGGUUCCCCAAUUCGGAGGGCUCCCCUCGGACCACCUCUUCGGCGUGUUCGACGGGCACGGGGAGCAAGGCACGCCGUGCUCGCAGUUUUCCCGGGACGUGCUUGCGCGGAACCUUCUGAAUCACCCUGCGUUGGACGCGGACGUUCCGCGGGCGUUCAGGGACGCGUUCGUGACGACCAACAUGGAGCUGCACCGAUCGCCUGUCGACGACACAAUGAGCGGCAGCACCGGGAUUGCAGUGCUGCUGCGCGAUCGCAUGCUGUACGCCGCUAACGUGGGCGACUCGCGCGCGGUGCUGGCGGAAUGGCACAUGGACGAGGCCGCGGGUAGACGGGACGGGGAGGGCGGUGAGGGAGGCGGGGGAGGGGAAGGGCGGGUUGGGGGAGAGGGGGGAGGCGCAGCAGAAGGAACGAGAAAAAGCGGGGAGGAUGGGGCUGCGGUAGCAGAAGGGGAAGAGGGCACAGCAGGGGGAGGUGGAGAAGCGGGGAAAGGGAAGGAGAAGAAGCAGGGGUACUCAGCGGGGGGCGCUACUCUGCGCGCAGUGGACCUCUCAAGCGACCAAACCCCGUUCAGAGCGGACGAGUGCGCGCGCGUGCGCGCAUGUGGCGCGCGUGUGCUAACCCUAGACCAGCUGGAAGGGCUAAAAGACCCGGACGUGCAGUGCUGGGGGGGGGAGGACGACGAUGACGGGGACCCCCCGCGGCUGUGGGUGGCGAAUGGCAUGUAUCCGGGGACAGCGUUCACGCGGAGCCUGGGGGACUCGGUGGCGGAGCGGAUUGGCGUGUGCGCGGAGCCUGAGGUGCUGACUGUGGCGCUGUCGGAGCGGCACCCGUUCUUUGUGAUUGCGAGCGAUGGCGUGUUCGAGUUUCUGAGCAGUCAAGAUGUCGUUAACAUGGUGGCGCGGCACAACGACCCGUUUGCGGCAUGUGAGGAGAUCGUGGCGGAGUCGUACCGGCUGUGGCUGCAGUAUGAGACGCGCACGGACGACAUCACCAUCAUCAUCGUGCAUAUCGACACUGAGAUGCCCGACAGCACACUAGAGGCAGUGCAGCAGGGCCCAACACGAGCCACGUCAACAGGCGUGCCUCUCCCACCGCCCACGCCACCACUGGUGCUGCCCACGUCCACAGCACUGCGCUCUAUGCUGGCGGAUCUGGGCGCCUUCCAGCGCCGCAUUAUUGAGGGCACCGACUUUGAUCGGCUUCCCGCUGAAGAUGACUGGUCCCCACCCCCUGAUGUCGCAGCCACUGCUGCCCUGGUGGAGCACCAGCUGGAGCACGCCCUGCGAGGAAACUUUCUGUUCCACAGCCUGUCGCACGAGCAGCAGGACUUGAUGCUGCAGUGCUUCCAGAAGAUGGACGUGGGGCCAGGGGACGUUGUUAUCCAGCAGGGCGAUGUGGGAGACAAGUUCUUCAUCUGCCACCACGGGGACUUUGACGUGCUCGUUGCCACGGACCAGCUGGAGGAGGACCCUCUAGGAGUGGUGGUUCAUCGCUACAUUGCCAACGACAAGCACAUGCCCAGCUUUGGGGAUCUCGCACUUAUGUACGGGACAAGAAGGGAAGCGUCUGUGCGGGCGGCAUCACGCGGCGUGUUGUGGUUCCUGCAGCGGGCGCUGUUCCAGAAGGUGCAGACGCUGGGGCUCGUGGCGGGCUCAGCGGAGAUGGGCCCUCCGCCCCGCCUGCUGCGCCUCCUGCGCUCCCUGCCCUUCCUCUCCCCCCUCUCCUUCGGCCAGCUUCAGCGCCUCGCGCUCUUCUUGCUUACGCUAGAGUUGAACGAUGGGGAUGGGUUGGAGAUGGAAGGGGGCACUGUUUAUGUGUAUUUCAAUGAGGCGUGUCUGCUGGAUGGAGAUGAUGAGGGUAACAGGCCUGCGAAUCCAGACGCACAGGCAGCUGCAGGUGUGGAAGGCGGGGAGGUAGAAAAGAAUGAGCAGCCAGGGGAGCAGCAGGAGGGCGAAGGGAAGAGGAAAGGGUGGACGGAGGGGCCAAGGAAGGCGGUGGCGAGGGGGCAGGUGCAGUGCUGGGCGAUCGACAGAGACAAGUUUGAGGCGGCUGUGGGGCCUCUGAGCGAUGCGUUGGUGCUUCUGUGUCGCUGCUCCCCUCACCCACCUCCCUCACCCUCCAUCCUCACACCCUCCAUCCUCACACCCUCCAUCCUCACACCCUCCAUCCUCACACCCUCCAUCCUCACACCCUCCAUCCUCACACCCUCCAUCCUCACACCCUCCAUCCUCACACCCUCCAUCCUCACACCCUCCAUCCUCACACCCUCCAUCCUCACACCCUCCAUCCUCACACCCUCCAUCCUCACACCCUCCAUCCUCACACCCUCCAUCCUCACACCCUCCAUCCUCACUCCCUCCAUCCUCACACCCUCCAUCCUCACACCCUCCAUCCUCACACCCUCCAUCCUCACACCCUCCAUCCUCACACCCUCCAUCCUCACACCCUCCAUCCUCACACCCUCCAUCGUUACACCCUUCUCCCUUCCUUAUACUCACCAUCUCUGCAUCUCGCCACUCCCUCUCUUCCCCUCCUCACAGCACAGGAGUGGCAGGGUGUUCUGGCGAGCAACGAGUGGAGCGAGUUGGGGCAGCUGCACAUGCUGCUUGCACGACCCUCCUCAACCCUGUCCAUCCCCUCGCCCCCCUUUGAACCCCCCUCGUCCCCUUGCUGGUGCACUACAGGAGUGGCAGGACGUGCUAGCGAGCAACGAGUGGAGCGAGGUGGUGCAGCUGCGAGUGCAGAACGUGGGGAGGGUGUUUGCGAUGCGGCGCUUCGGCAAGACACGCGUGGGGCUACACGGGCGAGGCAAGCAGGUCCACCGGGAGCGCAAUCUCUUCGAAACCCUCUCAGCCAAUCCGUUUGUGCCACCUGUCAUCACGCCGUACACGGACCAUGCCUCUGUGGGCCUGCUGCUGGACUGCCAGCUCAGCACGCCGCUGGCGCUAGUCAUGGGCGGCAGGGAGGGAGCGGGGGGGCAGGCAGGGCCUGACGUUUUCCCACCACUGCCGGAGGAAGCCGCCCGGUUUGUGGCGGCAAGUCUUGUCAUAGCAAUGGAGCUGAUGCACCGGGACGGGGUGGUGUUUCGAGGCGUGUCGCCCUCCACCCUCUUCCUCGACUCUCGUGCGCAACUGCAGCUCCCGGACCUGCGCUUUGCCAAGCGUCUGGAGGACGGGCGCUCGUUCACCAUGUGCGGGUCGCCGGACUUUGUGGCACCAGAAGUCAUUGCGGGGCGCGGCCAUGGCGUGCCCGCUGACUGGUGGUCCCUUGGGCGAGCUGACAGUGUACACACGCAUCGCCCGGCACGCACUCUUCCUCCCAGACCACCUCCCCCCGCUGCCUCCGCUCUCAUUCACCAGCUGCUCUCCCCGCGCCCCGAAGACCGCCUCGGGUGCGGCCCUGGCGGUGCUGGGGCUAUCAAGGCCCACCCUUGGUUUGCCGGCGUGCCGUGGGAACAGGUGGCGGCGCUGGAUUGGCCGGCGCCGGAGGAGCUUGUGAGGAGGGUGGGGGAGGUGCAGGGGGAGAGGGGGAGGAUGACGGAGGAGGAGAGGGGGUCGGGGGUGGCGGGAGAGGAGGAGAGUGCGGUGGGGCAAGGUAGAGAGGGGUCGCUCUGGUAUGAAGGUUGGUGA